AACAUAUUUUUAUAGGCGCAUUUAAUAAGAGCAGGCAUCAAUGAACGCAAAGCUACUGACACCAGAGAGGAAUCUGCAUAUUAUGAUGAUUUCCUGUGUGCUCCAGAUCGAGGCUUUGCACGCAUUCUAAUAUUUCUGGCGUCAGCUGAGACGUCCUUCACCGGCAUUUGAUCAUUUCCGGCUGGAUUGGUUGCUUUACGGUGUUAUUGCUGGUGAGAUUGGAGGCUAAUUUCCCUGUAGUGCUGUUAUGGCUGCUGCUGCGAUGGAGGCAGAUGAGCAACAUCGGAUUCGCUUCCAGUUAGAAUUAGAAUUCGUUCAGUGUUUGGCAAACCCUAAUUACCUCAACUUUUUGGCCCAAAGAGGAUACUUUAAGGACAAGUCUUUUGUGAAUUAUCUGAAAUAUCUGCUGUACUGGAAAGAUCCAGAAUAUGCCAAAUAUUUAAAGUACCCACAGUGCUUACAUAUGUUGGAACUGCUGCAGUAUGAACACUUCCGGAAAGAGCUGGUAAAUGCCCAGUGUGCCAAAUUCAUCGAUGAACAGCAAAUCUUACACUGGCAGCACUACUCUCGCAAGAGGAUGAGAAUGCAGCAAGCCCUGGCAGAACAGCAGCAGCAAAACAACACUUCCAGCAAAUAAAUGUGCCCAGUUGUCUCCAGACAGCUAUGUGUUUGAGACUUGCCCCUGUUCAAGCCAGUCAUGCGGGAGUCCAAGGCCUCCAUGAUUGGACUAUGACUGCAGAUGCACAUCGCUAUGAAGUUGUAGAUCAUGGUGUCAUAUAGUGACUAUGCCACGAUGGACUGUUUAUACAAGCACAAUCCCUUGCAGAUACAGUUGAAUUCUAGCCUUGAUGUGCUCUGUUGGAUCAUAGUCACUUACCCUCUGGCCAGUGACUAAGCUAUAUAACAAUUCACUGUACAAUAAAAUAAAAAUUAUACAGGCACAUCAUCGUAGAACAUAGAAGUUAGUAGCUCAUUCCAAGCUUGAAUGGCUGAUAAGAAUGUAAAUAAUUGUCAAUAUUUGUUGACAAUUGCUAGCUGGAGCACCCAGGCUGUGUAGCGUGGAUUAUUCUCCCAACAAUAUAUAAGGGUAGGACUACACGGACGUUUUCGGCGCGAUCCGAUGCGCUUUGACAAAAUGCAUGCGACGGAAAUAAGGUAAGCGAUAGAAAUGUCGGAUGAAGUCGGAGCAUUGAUACGACAUGACUGUCAGAUGCAGACGCAGCGUCUGCAUCCAACGCAGCGUCUGCAUCCGACAGUCGCGUCAACACUGCGACUUCAUGUGUUUUGUUGCAUCGGAUCUCGCUAAAAACAUCCGUGUAUUCCUGCCCUUAGUCUUAAAGAAUGAUGUUAGCCAUGUAAGAGCUUUGUUUUUUGUAUUCAUUUCCUUCUGCUUCAAAAAUGUUGUUUUGGGACCAGAAAUAAAUACAUUUUUUCACUUGC